GAUCUGGGUGGCGGAGCACAAUCGUUGGCAAGAACGCAUCGGUUCUCCAUGGACAGAAGGGCACGAUCCACCUAAGCGAGAUCUCAUAUAGGCAGUGCGAGGGGGUGGACAGACAAUGUCCGCCUGGACUACAUUGGUGUGUCUCGUACUUUCUUUGAUCGUGUCUACUUCUUUGUGGGGAUAUUGUUCGGCGACGAGUAGCAGCGAUGAUGGAGGUGUGCGGACCACACAGGGGGUUCCAUCACCGGCGAUCGGGUCCAACGUCUGCCAGAGGGGAUGGACCCGCAUCAGUACUGCGGGACCCUGCAUCAUUCCCGUGUGUAAACGAUCUUGCGGGGAAGGACGUUGCAUUAGGCCUAACGUUUGCCGCUGCAGCAACGGUCACAUAGCCUCGUCCUGCACCUCCAAGAAACCUCCCGGGGGAAGUUCGAACAGCGUCGACCAAACAGGAGCGUCUCAAUGCAAAGAGCCCUGUCUGAACGGAGGGAGAUGCAUCGGCAGAGAUCGUUGUGCCUGCGUCUAUGGAUACACGGGACGACGCUGUGAACGAGAUUACAGAACGGGUCCGUGUUUUCGUAAAGUACGAUACAAUUUCUGCUCGGAUCAACUGGCGGGAGUGGUGUGUACCAAGCAGCUGUGUUGUGCUACAGUUGGAGUCGCCUGGGGACAUCCGUGCGAGCAGUGUCCGGCGAAACUGGAGUGUGAUAAGGGAUACAUCACCAACAUUCACUCAAAGGGAUGCCAAGACGUUAACGAAUGUGAAGCGAUUCCUGGACUGUGCGAAGAUGGCAAGUGCAUCAACACCAUCGGAUCUUUCAAGUGCGAAUGUGAAGAAGGAUACGUGCGGAACGACAUCACCAACUCCUGCGAUGACAUCAACGAAUGUGCUCAGGACCCGGACACCUGCAACCGGGGCCACUGCAUUAACACUGACGGGAGCCACUACUGCCUCUGCGAUCCCGAUACGGUUCCCAGCCAUGACAGGAAAACGUGUUUCGACACCACUCAAGACUUCUGCUACGCGGACUACAGCGGUCGAGGUCGCUGCAAGAAUCAGCUGGCUGUUAAGCUGACCAAAAUGCAAUGUUGUUGCGGCGAUAAGAUGGCCCAGGGCUGGGGCUAUCCCUGCGAGCAAUGUCCACGGAAAGGAUCAGCUGAAUAUAAACGUCUCUGCAGAUCGCCGCCGGAGGAUAUGACGCUGAACGAGUGCGAUCUCCGACCUGGACUUUGUCCCGACGGUGACUGCGUCAACACUGCCAGGGGAUAUCGUUGCGACUGCCACAAAGGAUUCAAACCCACAGACGACGAGAAGGGAUGCCGAGACGUCGACGAGUGCUCUGAAGGAUACUGCAGGUCUGGAAAGUGCAUCAACAGUGUGGGCAGCUUCCGAUGCUUUUGCAGCUCAGGAUUCGAUCUCACACCGGACGGCAAGGAUUGCACGGAUCGAAACGAGUGCGAAACGAGCGGCAUGUGCGCCAAUGGACGCUGCGUCAACAUGGAAGGGUCUUACAAAUGUGACUGCAACAGGGGAUUCGUGCUCAGUCCCACUGGACGAGCUUGCAUCGAUAUCGACGAGUGCGCCGAGAACUCCGGGACCUGUCUGAAGGGAGGCCGUUGCGAGAAUAUCCCAGGCAGUUACAGAUGCGUUUGUGAAAGAGGAUACGUCUCUGCUUCAGAUGGAGAGUUCUGUGUAGAUGUGAACGAAUGCGACCAAUACCGCAUGUGUGAGAACGGCCGAUGUGUGAACAUGGACGGAAGCUUCAAGUGCAUCUGCAACGUCGGUUUCAAGCCAUCGCCCGAUGGCCAUUCCUGUGUAGACGUGGAAGAAUGUACGGAACUGACGGACGUCUGCGUCAGUGGACGUUGCGAAAAUGCGCCAGGAAGUUUUCGCUGUUUCUGCGACGACGGUUUCACGUUAGGGCCGGGCGGACGGUCAUGUCUCGAUACAAGGCGCGAUUACUGCUACGCGUCUUACAAGCACGGUGAAUGCAGCCAACCCUCGAACGUGAUGGUCAAGAAAUCGGCCUGCUGCUGCGCUGCUCAGUCGACGUGUCUGGCCGCUUGGGGGAGUCCACAUUGCAUUCCGUGCCCACUGCCGGGGUCUUCCGAGUACACUAAGCUUUGCCCCAAUGGAUCCGGUUCGGGACACGUUGGGGAAGACAUAAACGAAUGUUGGGUCUUCCCGCACAUCUGUCCCAACGGAGCGUGCGAGAACUUGAAAGGCAGCUACCGCUGCGUCUGCAACGUCGGCUAUCAAGUGGACCCAUCCGGCAAGGUAUGUUCAGACAUCAACGAAUGCCAGGUGAACCUCCUGCUCUGCGAGAACGGGAUCUGCCGGAACACACCGGGCAGCUACCACUGCACGUGUCCAGCGGGAUACAAGUACAAUCUGGAGACCUGCGAAGAUAUCGACGAAUGUGCGACGUCCGGUAAGGACGUGUGCGUGGGUGGAAGGUGCAUCAACACUCCCGGCAGCUACCUUUGUGAAUGUCCUCCUGGAAUGACUCUGGACACUUCCCGCCAUGUGUGCAUCGACAACAGAAAAGGGUCCUGUUGGCUGAGCAUCAAUCAGGGCCAAUGCGAAAAUGACGUCAAGAGAACCAUGCUCAAGUCAGAAUGCUGUUCUUCCAUCGGAAAAGCAUGGGGAAGCCCCUGUAAAGUGUGCACACCAGAAACAGACGUAAAAGGGCGAAAGUGUCCGAAAGGAUACGCAAUGCUGGACGGCCACACAUGCACCGAUAUCAACGAAUGUGACUUGUUCCCGAACAUUUGCCAAGGUGGCGGCCUAUGCGUCAACACCGAAGGCUCUUACAAGUGCAACUGUCCCCAGGGUUUAACUCUGGAUCCGACGGGAACCAGAUGCGUCGACCUCCGUGAGGAGACGUGCUACGCCACGUAUGAAGGAGGUCGCUGCAAUCGGGGAUUCAUGGGUCUCUUCCGGAAGACCUUGUGCUGCUGCGCGGUUGGAAAGGCAUGGGGCUUUCAUUGCGAGCCCUGUCCGCGUCCAAGCACGGACGCCUACAGUGAGUUGUGCGGCAAAGGGCCGGGAUACGGCCCUUCACCGCCCGGUGUGUGGGAAGUUGACCCCGUCAUAACAGACAUCAAUGAGUGCCUCUAUUUCCCGAACAUCUGCGAGAAUGGCAGAUGCCAAAACACGCCCGGAAGCUUUUCCUGCGAAUGCAACAAGGGAUUUGCUCUCGAUCCAGAAGGCAUCAACUGCACAGACAUCGACGAAUGUGGUAUCGCGCACGGUAUCUGUGGCGACGGCAGCUGCAGGAAUAUUCCGGGUUCCUACCAGUGCGACUGCAACCCGGGAUUCGAAAGCGCAAUGCUUAUGCAGGCCUGUAUGGAUAUAGACGAAUGCUCUCGCAUGCGGGGCCUGUGCAGAGGAGGAAAAUGCGUCAACACACCGGGUUCGUUCAAAUGCCUUUGCCCUCCAGGUCACGAGCUUACGCCCAAUGGAAAAGCGUGCAAAGAUAUCGACGAAUGCAGCCGAACAAGUGGCAUCUGUUCGAACGGUUUCUGCGAAAAUCUAAUGGGUACCUACCAGUGCAUUUGCAACGACGGUUUCAAACAGAAUGCUCUGCAAAGCAGCUGCGAAGAUAUCGACGAGUGCUUGGUUAACCGAGGCAACUGCAAAUCCCUUUGCGUGAACACACCUGGAAGCUACUACUGCUCCUGUCAUCCAGGAUACUUUUUGCAGCCAGAUGGCGUCUCCUGUGCAGACGUCAACGAAUGCGAGACAGGCGGAGAUGUUUGCAGCGGCGGCAAGUGCCACAACUUGCCGGGCGAUUACACGUGUGACUGCGUUGGAGGGCUCCUACCGGCUCCUGACAGAAAAGGGUGCAUAGAUUACGAUGAAUGCGAAACGGGAAGGCAUCGCUGUCUGAGGGGCCGCUGCGAAAACACCGUGGGCUCUUACGUGUGCCGCUGCGAGCCAGGCUAUGCCGUCAAGGAAGGAGACGUUGAUUGCACAGAUGACGACGAGUGUGAGAGUGGUCAGAAUGACUGCAGCGAGUUCGCCGAAUGUAGAAACACGCCUGGCGCUUAUCAGUGCACGUGCAAAGAAGGCUUUCGCGGAGACGGCAUCACGUGCAAAGAUAUCAACGAGUGUGUGCAUAACCACGCUGGAUGCCAUCGCAACGCCUUAUGCAACAACACGGACGGCUCAUUCAAUUGUACGUGCGACGACGGCUUCUACGGGAACGGGUUCCAGUGCCACGAUGUAGAUGAAUGCAGCUUGAACCCCGGUUUGUGCGAAAACGGUCAGUGCCUCAACUUCGACGGUGGCUUCAAGUGCGAAUGCGACAUGGGAUUUGAACCUCAGGACAACCAGAGAUCGUGCAGAGAUAUCGACGAGUGCGUCACUUAUCACAGCAUCUGUGACUUUGGAGCGUGUGAGAAUGUUUUUGGGACGUUCCGAUGCAACUGCGACGCGGGCUAUCAGGUCGACGCUACAGGUGGAAACUGCACCGAUAUCAACGAGUGCAGCAGUCCUCAAUCGUGCCAGUAUGGAACGUGCGUCAACGCCCCGGGCUCCUACAUCUGUCAGUGUCCCCCAAACUAUCACCUGGUACCGAGCAAGACGGGCUGUGUUGAUCCUAGACAAGAGAGGUGCUUCUUGAAAGUGACAGGGAACUUCAACGGCCGUGGUAUUUGCUACGACCCGUUAGCCGAAUACGUGACACGGGCCACGUGUUGCUGCACGUUAGGAGUCGCCUGGGGUCGAGGUUGCGACAUCUGCCCGUCUCUCAACACCAGCGAGUACAGGGAACUAUGCCCAGGUGGGAUUGGGUUCAGGCCGAACAUCGAGACGGUGGAGCUGGAAGACGUGGACGAAUGCGCAGAGUUACCCAACCUGUGCGAAAACGGAAGAUGCUCCAACACCUUCGGAAGCUUCAUGUGUAUCUGUCAAGAAGGCUACACUCUCGACCACACCCACAGGAAAUGCAUAGACAUCGACGAAUGCUUGACACAUCCCGGAGUCUGCAGUCCUGGCCACUGUGUCAAUAGGGAGGGUAGCUACGAGUGCACGUGCCCUCCUCACUACAUGGCCGUCUCCGGAGGGAAAUCCUGUGUAGACAUGCGCAAGGACAUGUGCUAUCGCAUAUACGACGACAAGACUGACCCGCACCGCAGGCAGUGCAUUCAUCCCAUGAUGGCCAACCAGACCAAGAUGGUCUGCUGCUGCUCAGUGGGCAAGGCUUGGGGAGCUGGAUGCGAACCCUGUCCUCUGCCACAAACGGAGGCGUACCGUAGGUUAUGCAACGUCACCACUACCGGUACCAUCGUAAACCCUAUCACUCAAGUCGUGGACGAUGUGGACGAAUGCCAGGGAAUGGUGUGCCAGAACGGCGACUGUACCAACACAGUGGGAAGCUUUGUGUGUCAAUGCUACCCGGGAUACACUUACAACCACGCCCUCCUUACUUGCGAAGAUAGAAACGAGUGCACCGAGAUUCCAGGAAUAUGCAGCGGCAUCGCUGAGUGCGUCAACGUUCCCGGAAGCUACAAGUGCGAGUGCCCUGACGGCUACAAACUGUCCAGCAGCAAACAUUCUUGCUACGACAUCAACGAGUGCUACGAACAGCCCGACAUCUGCCAGAACGGCGUGUGCCAUAACCUCGAUGGCGCUUUCCAAUGUACAUGCGAUCCCGGAUAUUUCCUCACUCCUAGUGGUGACAACUGUUUAGAUUAUGACGAAUGCGCACGUAGCCCCGGCCUGUGCUCCAAUGGAACCUGUGAGAACACCGAAGGGUCUUAUCGGUGUGUCUGCCAUGCAGGUUUCCAACUUCUCGCCAGCAACGACUGCUUCGAUAUUGACGAAUGUCGCGAGCUGUACGGCGUCUGCUUGAACGGAAGAUGCAGAAACACGCUCGGCAGUUUCGUCUGUCAAUGUCAAGAUGGCUACCAACUCAGCCCAGACCGACGCAACUGCGUUGAUAUCAACGAAUGCGAUGACGGUACCACCUGUGGGAGGGGCACGUGUCGAAAUUCUGAAGGCUCUUUCGAGUGUACCUGCCCUGACGGGUACAAGCGAUCUCACAACGGACGGGACUGCAUCGAUGUGGACGAAUGCCUAUCUAUCCCACAAUUAUGUUUCGGGGGCUUCUGCCAAAACUUGGAAGGCGGCUAUCGAUGCACCUGCCCGCCUGGGUUCCGCCUCUCCGCGGAUGAGACCAAAUGUGUCGACCAUCGUCGUGCCCGGUGCUUCACGAGGUAUAGGGGAGGUGGACACUGUUACGAUCCUCGGCCAGGCAACAUGACGCACGCUGAAUGUUGCUGCAUGCAAGGAUCUGCGGCAUGGGGAUACGUGCCCUGUGAAAGGUGUCCGGACAAGAGAGACCAACGAUUUGCCAUGCUUUGCCCCGCGGGACCAGGCUUUGUGGAAGAUGACGGCACUGUGCUAGACAUCAACGAGUGCAUGAUGAACGCUGAUCUCUGCAAGAACGGCCGUUGCAUCAACACGGAUGGUUCGUAUCGUUGCGAAUGUGGACCGGGAUACAAACUCGAUUCUUCGGGACACCUCUGCACAGACGAGGACGAAUGUAAGGCGAAUCCCAGCAUGUGCGGGAACGGUACAUGUUCAAACACUGUCGGAGGCUUCGAGUGCGACUGUCGUCAAGGGUUUGCUCCAGGAAUCACGCAUAUUUGCGAAGAUGUGAACGAAUGUGUGCUGGGACUCGCCGACUGUGCCUUCAGAUGCCAAAAUACUCCAGGCUCUUUCCGUUGCACCUGUCCCUACGGAUACGCUCUGGCUGCGGAUGGCAAACACUGCGAAGACAUCGACGAGUGUGCACUCGGUACCCACAACUGUCCCUUCGAAUGCAAGAACGCCGUGGGUACUUUCCACUGCGUCUGUGGAGACGGGAUGAAGCCCAUAGGGUACAACGGCGAAUGCGCAGAUAUAAACGAGUGCCAGGAAAGCGCGGAUAUCUGCGGCAGCCACGGCACUUGUGUCAACAUUCAUGGCAGCUACCGUUGUCUGUGUAGUGACGGUUACGAAUCCAGUCCGGACCAGAAAGAAUGCAUCGAUACCAGGAUCGGUGUGUGCUUCGGGCAUGCGCCGGGUGGAAUGUGUCCCCUUCCAGCGACUGCCUUGUUGGAGAUGUCCCGCGUGGAUUGUUGCUGUGGCCUGGGAGCGGCUUGGGGUCUCCACUGUGAGCUGUGUCCGCAUCGUGCUUCACAAGAAUACGCUGACCUUUGUCCCCAUGGGAAGGGCUUCAACAAGACCGGACAUGAUGUGAACGAGUGUGAAAUGAUGCCCGGGUUGUGCCAAAAUGGACGCUGCAUUAACACAUUUGGCUCGUACCGCUGCGCUUGCAACCGGGGUUACAAGACUGAUCACUCUGGGACUCACUGCAUAGACAUCAAUGAGUGUGACCAGCUGAUCUCACCCUGCAAGUUCAAGUGUCACAAUACGGAGGGCAGUUACUUCUGCUCUUGCGAACCUGGCUUCACACUGGCUCCAGACGGAAUCAGCUGUAAAGAUAUCGACGAGUGCGUAACAAGCAGCAACAAAUGUGAACACGUGUGCACCAACACGCCGGGAAGCUACCGCUGCACGUGCAAAGAUGGAUACGCCAUGAAAGGAACACAGUGUACUGAUGUCAACGAAUGUCAGGAGCAACCCCAUCUGUGCGCGCCACGUGGAUCGUGCGCGAACACUCCCGGGAGCUACCGCUGCAGCUGCCCCCGAGGGUUCAUCACAGAUCCGGACGGACAGGGAUGCAAAGAUGCCGACGAAUGCUCAGACCCGUCCAAGUGCCAACACGGCUGUACUAAUGUCGCUGGAUCCUACCGAUGCACCUGCCCCGGUGGUUACAAGCAACACCCAUACAGGAAUCAAUGCAUUGACGACAACGAAUGCCUGUCAAGGCCAUGUGGUUCAGCAUUGUGUCACAACACAUUAGGAGGCUUUCACUGCACAUGCCCGACAGGAUUUACGUACGACGACGAGUUGCAAGCUUGUAUUGAUUCAAGCACAGAUGCCUGCGACAGCAGCCCGUGUAUCUAUGGAUGCACAGUUUCUGGAAGUGGUCAGUUUCAAUGCAAGUGCCCAGAGAACUAUCGCCCUUACAGGCAGGGCCACUGCCUGUCAACGAUUUCCCAUUCCAUCAUCCCAAAUGGCGAACUUGGAGAGAAUGGACUCAUUCCCAACCUUCAACUUGGUUCCUAUUCACCCACCGACAAGGACAACAUCAUAUCGACCGAAGGAUGUUACACGUGCAAGCUGAACGGUGGAUCCCCGAGGUCGGCGUCUCUUCGCCACAGAAGAACACCACGUGUGAAGAGUGGAGGCCGAACUUCCGUUCCAGUCAGGAGGCUUCAAAGGAGGCUAUCGCACCCAAAUACAUCACGACACAAGCAUCGUCACGCUAGGUCGCGUAUGGACGCAAUAAAAAUUCAUCUGCCACUGAAAAAAGCCUUCCCUGGAGUACCCAUUUUGGAGGUGCUGCCCGCUAUCAACUACUUAAAGAAUGACACAAACUACAGGGUACUCCACGGUGCCGAUCGAACAUUCUUCGAAGCUAUUCCCAGUGACGAUGGAAUUAUCCUGCGACUCGCCCGGCAGCUCCGAGAGACUCGCACUUACAAGGUGUACGUCGGGAGUCGCACACCCUCUGUUGGAGAAUCCGCGCACCAUGUGGCACCCUUUCGACUCAGACUUGAAGUUGUCGUCACUUGAGGUCACAUCAAAACACCAUCAUGGGGAUCAGCCUUAGUUUUGGUUUUGUGCUGCCAUGGGGGGGACUUAGAGCUCACACUUUGUCACGCAUUCUGUUCCUCUGGGGGGGGUAUUUUUGUACAGGUGUCGAUGCACCACCAGUUUUCGGUCGUUUUUGUUCUGGGAGGGAAAAAAAAAAGAAAAACUGAGGCAUUUAUUUUCUAUUAUUCAUACUGAAGUUGUAUAAUGUUAAUAUUGCAAAUAAAACGCAAUUAUUCACCAA